UCACCUGAUAUCCUAAGCACUCGCUGGCAAAGAUGGGCCAGUGGGCAGCCUGCAUCCCCAAGGUUUUGUGGGCCACCUAUCUGGUGCCCCACGCCGAAUCGGCCAAACAGCCAUCUCUACAACAUGGCAUGAACUACGAAUAGCGUCCCUGUCCGAUACCAAGUCGAGGAUAGCUUCCCGGCCCAUUCUUCUAUUACGUCAAUGCUGCGCUCACAACCAAGCCUCACGAUCCCGUGCAGCCGGAGGUUCUGACAGUUCGAACUCCCUCAGACCACCAACUCUUCCGUUCAGCUUGGUUGAAGCCGACACCGCUUUCGAUCCCCGACCCUCCAACCUACCUGGCCGCCAAAAGUCGCCCUCGAGCCUCGGUGCCGGCCCCGCCAUGUCUGCUUCCGAAUCAUUCGUCAUUCCGGACCGCUCGGCGUGUUCGGAGGACAACGAUGACGUUGACUCCCUCCCGUCAAUUUCCAGCGGUGUGCUCGAUUCAGAGGACGACUCGGAGGACGACUCGGACGCGCAACAAGAGUGGGAGGCUAGCCUGGAGCAACUACAGCUUCUCCUAACCAUGGUGCUGAUACCCUUUGCGGGCAAGUACUUUGGCCGCAAAUUCGCCUAUUGGAGCUGGGCGAGAUACAUGGAAUGGAUGUACGACGUCGAAGUUAGGUGGACGAGCAAGAAGGCCUUCAACGCGGUAGGAGUUGCGGCGACGUUGUGAGGAAAGCUCAUCCUCGGUGCUUCUUGAGAAGCUAGAUCUGCACUUGCGAACAUACGACCCACACAUCUAGACGGUCGACGGAGUCCGAAGGAAUACACUGCAAUCUCGUCGUUUGAACGGGGGAGGAGCACACUAGGUCGAUAUCAUCGGAUAGUCCU